AUGGUGAGGGAGUUGUUUAAUGUGGCUGAUCAACAGAGUAUUUGUUCUUUACCAAUUAGUAAAUUUCCGAAAGCGGAUUCUUGGAUGUGGCACUAUACAGCUGACGGGACUUAUUCAUUGAAAAGUGGAUACUUUGUGGCGUCGCAGUUGGAUCAAUUUGAUCCUUCCCCUUCUAAGAGUUGUGUGGAUUCGAACAGUCAUGCUGUGUUCCUAUGUCGUGGUUUUAAGAAAAUUUGGAAGGAAUUGCGUGUUACUAUGUUGAAUAAUCUCUCUAUGGAUAUAUCAUUCAAACAAAUAGUUCUGAAGGCUUCGGAGAUACUAUCUAGAUCUGAGUACGAAUUGUUCCUAGUUGCGGCUUGGUAUAUUUGGAGUGAAAGGAACCAAAUUGUCCAUGGUCGCAAAGCCAACCCUUCUGAUGUUGUGGUCUCACAAAUGUUUAAGUUAUUUAAUGAGUACAGUCAAUGUUCGAGGCAUAAUGUUAUGGCAAAGGGAUCGACAUGCUUAUCUCCAGAACGAUGGGUUAAGCCGCCUUUGGGAGCGUAUAAACUAAAUGUUGAUGCGUCCUUGGAUGUUAAUUCUAAUACUAUAGGCAUUGGGGCAAGAGUUCGAGAUACUACUGGGAAUGUGCUGGGAUGUCUAUGUAGAUCCUUAUUUGGGAAUUUUACAGUCAUAUUAGCAGAAGCUGUUGCAUUAAUGGUUGUGUUGGAUUGGUCUCUCACUCUUGGUGUUCCUCUUCAUGUGGUGGAGUCAGAUUGCUUAGCCUUGGUUUCGGCUCUCCCAAAGCGUUUUUCCCUUUGUAAUGAACUUGGUUCUUUAUUGGAUGAUAUUGCUAGUUUGCUUUCCAGUUUUCCUGAGGCAUCCGUAAUUCAUGUUCGUCGUACAGCCAACAAGGCUACUCGUGAAUUAGCUGUGCAUGCACUUAGGGUGGAUGGUGAAUUGGCUUGGAUUGAGGAUUUUCUCUCUUUUCUUAUUGAUGUAUUAAGCUCUGAUUGUUGUUAA